AUGGCUGACGAAUACAACGCCGAGGAGGCCGCUGAGAUCAAGAAGAGAAGAACCUUCCGCAAGUUCUCUUACCGAGGAAUCGACCUUGACAACCUCCUCGACCUCUCCUCUGACCAGCUCCGAGAUGUCGUCCACGCUCGUGCCCGCAGAAGGAUCAAUCGCGGCCUGAAGCGCCGCCCCAUGGGCCUCAUCAAGAAGCUCCGAAAGGCCAAGCAGGAGGCCAAGCCCAACGAGAAGCCCGACCUCGUUAAGACCCACCUCCGAGACAUGAUUGUCGUCCCCGAGAUGAUUGGAAGCGUCAUUGGUAUCUACUCCGGCAAGGAGUUUAACCAGGUCGAGAUCAAGCCUGAAAUGGUUGGCCACUACCUGGGUGAAUUCUCUAUCUCAUACAAGCCUGUCAAGCACGGUCGACCUGGUAUCGGUGCCACUCACUCUUCUCGUUUCAUUCCCCUCAAAUAA